UGCUGACUUGGUUACCUCCAUCCCUUGUAGACGAACGUGAGUUACUGAGGCUCUGCCCAAGCACAAGCAACAGGCGACACCCCGCGCCCUCGUCCCUCACAGCUGACGCAACAGGCUCUUCUCCCGCCAGUCUAGCCGAGCCAGCCCUACCUCUACACACAAACAAUGGUGUUCCGCAGCUGUUCGUGGUCUUGCCUUCUGGUGGUCGGCGUGGUGGUGGUGAUGGGCGUGUGUGUGGGCGUGGGUGAGACCAUGCCCCCGCCCAUCUGCCUCAGCCAGCAGGUGCCCCUAAGCCCCUUCGCUAAGAAACUGUGCUCCGCCCUCAUCAACAUCUCCGAGUUCUCCCGAGCAAUGGAGGAGUAUCUAGGUGCUCAAGCUAUCGAGCGCAGUAUGCCCGUGAACGAGCCCGAGGUCAAGCGACAAGACUUGGACCAUGUCUUCCUCCGCUUCGGACGAUCCCAGCAAUAAGUCAGCAGGGAUCAUGGAAGGAAGAAAAUGUGGCAUAAUUUUCGCCGAGAAUGAAAAAGAAAAAACAUGUUACUUUGCCAAUCGUUUUUAGCCUUCGGUGACGCGCUUCUAUACGGCUUAUGUUAUCAUAUGUGUUUCUAGUGGUUUAAGAUGCCCAUUUCUUUUAUAGACCAAAAAUGGCUGGCAUUGUUGCAUAAGAGUUACCUUCUUUGUGUUCAGUUUUAUUAAAUAUGGUACGAAAUAAUUAAUAUAUUUUCUGUUGUUAAAUAAAAAUCUAUAUACAGUACAUUAUAUACAUAAAUUAUGUUUUUUAUCUAAUGUAGAAAUAUAUGCGCGAAUCUUAUCUUAAAAUAUCCCAAAUAAAACUGAAUCUCCCCUAAUCCUCACUAUGUAACAAGAGAGUGUAAUGUGCCACGCUCCAUCGUGUUGAUGUUGGGAUUCCCAGUCCCAGAAGAGCCCGGUGAGGCUCAUAUGAUUCACCUGUUAGAGAACAAUAAACAUGACCUGGCCUCU